UGCUCUCUUUUUUUCUUUCUUCUUCUUCUUUUCUAACUUGAUUUGUUUGCAAAGAAGCGACGCCCUCUUUCUUUUCUCUCGCAAAGGACCCCCGCCGCACACACACACACACACGCACACCCUUCGUCCGCGACCCCCCGCCACCCCCCCACUCGUGGCUGCCGGUGUUCGCAUGGAAGUGCCCGGCAGCUCCGCACUCGAGGCGCGCGGCCGGUGGAGAUGCGCAUUCGGAGCUGAACCUUCUCCACUUCUUCUCGUCGUUCUUCUCCAUCCUCCUCUUUCCUGGCAAACAUGCCGGACUUGAGCCACUGUCGUCUGCUGCUCCUCCUGCUGCUGCCGCUGGGCUCCGUUUACGCACCGCCGUCGUUCUCCUGCCCGACGGGCUGCGAGUGCUCCGAGGCGGCGCACACGGUGAAGUGCGUGGCCAAGGACCUCCGCAGCGUCCCGCUCGGGAUCCCCGGAUACGCCCGGAACCUCUUCAUCACCGGCAACCGGAUCGUGCGCGUCGGCCCGGAGUCCUUCAAAGGCCUGGAAAACGUCACCAACCUCUCCCUCAGCAACAACAGGCCACUCGUAUUUCAAGGCAGCGCAGCGAUUCGUGACGAACUCAAGAAAAAUCUCCAUCUGUCCUCCAGGAUUUCCGAGGUGAAUUCUCACGCCUUCGCCGGCCUGCCGAGUCUUCGUUCCCUGGACCUGAGCUCCAACCAGCUGGCGGUGGUCCACCCGGAGGCCUUCACGGUGGCCAACCAAUCCCUGCGCGAGCUCAACCUGAGCCGCGCCCUCUACAACGACUCGGCCGUGCGGGACUUGGCCACGGCGCUGCGCUGGAGCGGUCUGACGUCGCUGCGCGGCCUGGACCUGUCGCACAACGGCCUCAUCUACCUGCCGCCACGUAUCUUCUCCCACCUGGGCGCGCUUCGGCGCCUGCUGCUGGCCAACAACUCCCUGGUGGCCGUGCACAACGCCACCCUGGCCGGUUUGGAGGAUCUCCGGGAGCUGGAUUUGACGCUCAACUCGCUGAAGAACGUGCCCGAGGAGGGCCUGCGCGAGCUGGACUCGCUCCCCGAGGCCAAGAUCCUCCUGGGGGAGAACCCGUUCACGUGCGCGUGCGGUAUCGAACCUUUCGUCCGCUGGCUCAACCGUUCCCGGGGACGCGUCCGGGACCCGGAGCGGCUGGUUUGCGCCUUCCCCGCCGCCCUGAGGAACUCCUCCCUGCUCUCGGUGGUGGGCGCCUCCGGCAGCCUGGGGUGCCGCCGGAGGGGCGCUGGCGCCGAACUGGCCCUGCAGACCUCCUACGUGUUCCUGGGCUUGGUGCUGGGCCUGGUGGGCUUGGUCUUCCUCUUGGUGCUCUACCUGAACCGCAAGGGCAUCAAGAGGCGCGUGUACGACAUGCGCGACGCCUGCAGGGACGUGUGGGAGGGAUACCACUACCGCUUCGAGAUCGACUCGGACCCUCGCCUGUCCCAGGUGUCCUCGGGCACCGACAUGUGACACCCCAACAAUCCUAGCGGAACUUGUAGAAAAUGUACACACGUGUCUGUAAAUAUAUAUAUAUAUAUAUAUAUAUAUAUAUAUAUAUACAUAAACAAGCGUGUUCUUAAACUUGGAUGACAGCGCCACGCACAGGUCACAUGACUCCUGCUUCCUGUCUUCCACGCGAACAAGCAAGUGCCUCAAGUCCAAGCGGUCGCCGGCCAAUCGCAGGGCACAUAAAGAAAAGCUGCCAUUCGUGCUCACAUUCGGAGUUUUGAAUUAAGCUGACUUUCGGCGACAGAAGCGGGAUGCACCCCGGACUGGUUGUCGGCCAAUCGCAGGGCACAUGUAGACAAGCAUUCGCACCUCUGAACAAUUUAGAGUCUUGGGUUAACCUAAGACGACAUUUGGCGAGAGAAGCGGGGUACACGCCUUUGCGAUAAUGCACGUUUUCCCUGAGGGACUUCGUGAAGUGGCCCGUUUUGCCGGAUUCAAUGAAUGACAUCUGAAUUCGUAGCAAAUUUUCAUUUUUUUUCAAGCCUCUCGCAUCAGGAAGGAAGAUAAUUCAGCACAGGCCCAGCC